AUGGUAGAUCGUGUUUCCAUUAUGCACCAACGUACUAAUGAGGGCCACUUUGCUUACCUUUUUCCUCAUCGCUACCAUUUUCGACGCUUUCUUCGCCUUGGACACCGUCAAGCUCGCUCUUCUGAUACCGACACUACCUCACCGCCGCCACCCGAAUUCGGAUCUUCAUCUCAGCAAGAGCCGCAACAGCAACAGCAGUUUGACCUAUACCCACACUAUGUUUGUGCUACUCGUGACGUAGAGCAGUCAAAUUUUCGAGUUAGAUGCGGAGACGUCCUUCUUGUUCCAGAAAAUACAACUGACCUAUUUAUUCCUGCGAAAAAUCCGCUGACUUUUGAAAUCGGCCGCGUGCCUCAAGACGCAGUAACUGAUGCCAUUGGCGAGUCUCUGAUUUAUGAUGCGUGGCAAUGCAUUGACCGCGAUGAAGCUGUCAAUUUACUCAGUAGGUCAGAAAUUGAAGCUGGCACGUUUAUUCUUCGUCCUACGUCUGGUGGUGCGAGUAUUGCCUUAACUGUGCGGACCAAUGCUCAGUCGAAUGUGGCUCAUUACAAGAUUGCGUUAAAUGCCAGUAGACAAUACUGCUUAAAUCCGUCCCACCCAUUUGAUCGACUGAUCGAUCUCAUCUCAUACUACAUAGCCAAUCCAGGUUACCUACAGUGCACCAAUCUUAAACCCUACUUUUCACUCCCAACCACAAAUGACGCGGUGAUCAAAGUGGGGGGAUUGGCGGUUUUCACCACGAAAGUCAUUGGGACCGGUGAUUUUGCUAAUGUCUACUGUGGCUCCUGGCAUGCUGAAGAGGCUGCUGUAAAGUGCUUUAAUUUACUGACACCCGUUGAGAUGCUCUACAGGGAACUACAAUUCUCGAAGUCUCUUGACCCCUCCAUCUGCGUUCGAGUCUUUGACAUCUUCUGCCAUACAAUGCCCAUGAUGGGGACAUCGAUUAUAAUGGCCAUGGAACUGAUGGAUUGUGGUUCAUUGAAGCACUUUCUGACAACGUCUGAGGCUAAGACAAUGCCACUCAGUAACUUGAUGCAGAUAGUGCGGAAGAUUGCAGACGGGAUGGCCUAUCUUGAGAAAAGGGGGAUAGCGCAUACAAAUUUGAAGGAUACCAACGUCCUCCUCCACAGUGAUGGCAGUAUCAAACUCGCCGAUGUGGGCACUCGGGGUGUCCUCUCUCUAGCCAAUGAGAUUUCUCCAGAGACGUUUGCCUUCGACUGCUGGUCGGCGCCUGAACUGGAAAGCUAUCCACGAAAGUUUACGCUAAAAUCGGAUGUUUGGGCUUUUGGAAUUCUCGGUUAUGUCGUCUUGACGCGUGGAGCAGAACCCUACAAUGGCCAGGAAAAGUCAGCAAUUGCCCGAUCUCUACCCCUUGGCGCUAGACCAGUGAGGCCGGCGGACCUUGGGGAGGUGGUGUACAACAAGCUGAGGACGUGUUGGGAGUCCAACCCAGAAGAUAGACCCAGUUUCCACGACAUUGUGGAGUGGAUGAAUGGUUUGGAUGGACUGUAUGCAAAUUAG